AUGCCGGACUCUGCCACAACGUUACUAAGCAACGUCAGCGUUGAUGCACCUGUAUAUGCGAACACCUCUUUAUAUUUCACUGAUUCGUUACUGGGGUCUGCUGUGUCACACAACGGAGGCGGAUUGAGUUUCUGCAGGAGCUUCUCCACUUCUGUGUGCAGGACUGAAGCCAGUGGACAGCUGCAGUCAACACACUAUCACCUGGUUUACACCUGCAAAGUGUGCUCCACUCGCUCUAUGAAGACAAUAUCCAAGCUGGCCUAUCACAAGGGUGUUGUCAUAGUAACUUGUCCUGGAUGUAACAACCACCACGUGAUCGCUGAUAAUCUGCAGUGGUUCUCUGACCUGGAGGGGAAAAGAAACAUAGAGGAGAUCCUGGCUGCUAAAGGAGAAUCAGUGCGAAGAGUUCAAGGAAACGAGGCCCUGGAAAUUGUUGCAGAGAAAUCAAUAAAGGAGGCAUCCAGAAAUAAUCCAGAUGAACAGAAACCACCACAUCUGAGCGAUGAUUCAGACAAAACAUGAUUGACAUUUGUCAACUGCAUCACUGGACAUUUAUUAUUGUGAUAUUUUUAAUAAUCUUCUUCUUAAAGCAUUAAAAACAACUAUCUGAUCACUUUGGAGUAGUUGUUUUUAAGUGUUUGGCUCCUCCUUGUGGUCACUGCAACAUUUUCACUUGAAUGCCCUUUGAUAUUUUCAACUGCAUCACACUUUAUCAGCGGCCUUCGACUGGUAAACAUGAAGACAACCA